CAGUAUUUUUCACGGCCUACAGCUAAUUCCGAGAUGGCUGCACCGUUCCAACUCCGAGUCGUGGCGCUUGUCCUGCGGCCUCUUUCACCCGUCGCAGCGCUUCCCCACAUUGGAGUGCUCGUCUCGAGCUUCCUCGGUCCGUCGUCAUGCCUCUCGCUGUCUGAAGCCUGCGUGUUUGGUUCGAUUCAACUGCUCGACUGGAUUUGGGAAUCCAGUCGCACUUCCGUCAACGACAGGAACCCCGGGUGGUCUCUGACCAAUUAUCUCCGCUCCGAGCCAUUCUACCACCAGUGGCAGUUUCGAGAGGGACUGCAGAAUGCUGCUCGUCGUGGGGAUGUGGACAUGGUCAAGUGGUUCUUCGACCAUUGUUCAGGUCUGGAAGUUCCCUCGGAGGUCGUCACAGUAGCUGCAGAAAAUGGACAUUUGCCAGUGCUACAAUUUCUACUUGAGAACGACCAAGGCCGCAACUGUAAACACGAGAAGAAGCUCGUGGAGCUGGAGGAAGAUACGUGGGAGGACAGUGUACCGGUCAUGCCAGAGGACUGGACUGGUCCUGGUAACGUGGUGAGGUGGGGAGGCCAUGCCACACGUGAAGCUGUACGGAACAAACACUUUAACGUUGUUCAAUGGCUGGACCAGCAUGCACCUCAUCAAAAUAGUGAGGAAGAGACGAACGAUAUUAUUUCAGUUGCAGCCAAUGGAGGCAUGGUUGCAUUUGCAGAGUCCAUACUACCUGAAGGUGCCAGAGUGGUGGAAUAUCUGCGCGACAGAGCACAAUCCGAUGCCAUUCAGGUGCUACUUGACAGUAAUUUAGUUCGAGGAAACCAGGAAGCAUCAGCCACUGCGAUUUAUACCUUAGCUCGUGAAGGCAAUUUGGACAUGAUGAAGCAAGUUGCAAAGCUGCACAGUAGAAAACGAAUGAGCCAAGCGUGGAUCACACGAUGGGAGUGGGGCAUGUCAGCUGCUUGCGAGCGUGGAGACUUGGCUAUGGUCAAGUGGAUGUCUGAAGAUCGAGCUGGUAAAGAAGCACUCCGGCGCUCCAAUGACAAAAUGCUGUUCGUCACUACGGACAUUCUUCAAAAUGCUGCUAAAAACGGUCAUAUUGAUGUUCUGGAGUACCUGUUUCAGAUAGGUUGGGCUGAUACAGAUGCAUCUACUCUGAUUGACGCAGCUCGUGGAGGUCGGUUGGAGUGUGUCAAGUGGCUGCUGGAGAAUGUGCCGCCUUACGACGAAGACAACUCAACCUCAUCUGCUGUAGUAGCCGCUGCUGGAAAGGGUCACUUGGCCAUACUGCAAUUCUUUCACGAUAUGGACACGGCAGCAUCUAAUGGACCUAAAUGUAGGCGAGUCGAGCAGAGUAUUGAAUGGUGGAUUGAGGCCGACAAAGCAAUGGACAAAGCCGCAGCUAACGGGCAACUCGAGGUGCUAAAGUGGAUUCAUAGCCAUCGAUAUAAUGGCUGCAGCGAGAGCGCUAUGGAAGACGCUGCACGUAAUGGUCACCUAGAAACACUUAAGUGGCUUCAUACCAAUACGACUGCUGGCUGUACGGCAAGCGCAAUGGAUUAUGCCGCGUUUAAAGGCCACUUGGACGUGUGCAAGUGGCUACAUGUGAACAGAUCAGAGGGAUGUACUGAGGACGCUGUCAGAUAUGCCAUCGGUAAUGGCCACUUGCGGGUUGCGUUUUGGCUUUCGAUGCACUAUCCGCAGUACAUCCCUGAACACAACAGACUGUGGAAAUACCCUUCGAACACAUUCGAUAUGUUGCUGUUCCUACAAGUGAAAUACCCCACUCUUUUCAGCCUCGAAUUUGGACGUGGCACCAAGAGCGAUCUAUUGUAUGAAAACAAGAGGGGAGGCGAUUCCCUAAUUGCGCAAUGGCUAAAUCAAAAGUUCCCAGGGCACCCCAAGGAAAGACACCAGCUUGUCUUGUGGCCGCUAAUGUAGCCACUGACUCUGUUUGUCGACAGGACACUGUUACUAGCAGAUUUACACGUAACCUUGAGGUAGACCAUUACUAUGAAGUAUAUAAAAAAAUUAUCUACGAGCGUUGCUUUUUUCGUUGCUUUUGAAA